AUGUACUCAGGGAGUCAAACUUCACAGAAUCAAACUUUGAAUACUGAUUUCAUCCUUAUGGGGCUGUUUGGUGAAACCAAACAUGCCCUUCUCCUCUACACUGCGACCUUCAUCUUCUUCCUGAUGGCCCUAGCUGGGAACGCCAUCCUCAUCAUCCUCGUCCACCUGGAGCCCCGCCUGCACACCCCCAUGUACUUCUUCAUCAGCCAGCUCUCCCUCAUGGACCUCAUGUACAUAUCUGUGACUGUGCCCAAGAUGCUCCUGGGCCAGGUGACAGGAGAUCAUACAAUUUCUCCCUCAGGUUGUGGGAUCCAGAUAUUCUUCUAUCUAACCCUUGCUGGAGCUGAGUUUCUCCUCCUGUCUGUGAUGGCCUAUGACCGAUAUGCUGCCAUUUGCAGACCACUCCAUUAUCCUUUGCUGAUGAACCAGAAAGUCUGUGUAUGCCUGGUGUCUGGAUGCUGGUUUGUAGGAAUGGUGGAUGGUUUUGUGGUCACCCCCAUAGCCAUGAACUUCCCCUUUUGUCAUUCCAGAAAAAUCUUGAGUUUCUUCUGUGAGGCUCCCGCUCUGCUGAAGUUGUCCUGUUCUGACAUCUCCCUCUACAAGAUGAUCAUGUACUUGUGCUGUGUUCUCAUGGUCCUCAUCCCCAUUGUGGUCAUCUCAAGCUCAUAUGCCCUCAUCCUGCACCUCAUCCACAGAAUGAGUUCAUCAGAGAGCCGCAGGAAAGCCUUUGCCACCUGCUCCUCUCACAUAAUUGUAGUUCUGCUCUUCUUUGGUGCCACCAUCUACACCUACAUGCUUCCCAAUUCCUACCACACAGCUGAGCAGGACAUGAUGGUGUCAGCCUUUUAUACCAUCAUCACCCCUGUGCUGAACCCCCUCAUUUACAGUCUCCGGAAUAAGGAUGUCACAGGGGCUCUGAGGAGCAGGAUGCAAUCAGGGCUGAACCUAAGGAAAUUUGUAAAGAGGAAAUCCUGAGGAUGACUUUAUAUUUUUCCCCUAUUAUAUUAUCCCCCACCAAUUUCUCUUCUUCUUUGUCUCUGCUUCCAGGGCCCCCAACACUGAGUCUAGUUAUAACUUCCUUCUUUCUUAUGCAUGGGGACAUUUCUCCUCCAUACUGUUUACUCAUCAUAAUUUAUCUCAUUAUAUUUAAUGUCCUUAUACUCCUUUUAUCUGUGAAGCAAAAAUUGACAUAAAGAAAACUCACAUUGUGCCUUUGAUCUGAUCUCCCAUCCCAAGUUUAUUCACCUUUUUAAUAUGAGACUGGGUGUGAAAUCCUGAAUCCUAAAUGUGGCUCACUGAGAAGAAUCCAGAUCCCAGCAUAACACAGGAGAUCUUUUAGCUUUCCUUGCCCUCUAAUAUCCCUCAGCUCAUAAUUCACAUGUGGCAACCACAGGGUUCCAAUGAGUGCUAUUAUACCUUAGUAAGAACCAUGUACACAUUUUUUUAAAUAUUGAAUAUGAGACUCAUAGUAUAAAUACAAGUUUACUAUUUGGCUAUAAGACUAUGGCUACAUAGACCAAACUUCAGUCUACAGUAAAGUUUCCAUGAGUUAAUGCAUUCAUCUAACUUCACAGGCUAUAAGGGUAUGUAAAAAUAAUUAAAAGUAAUUUCAUACUUAGUUUCUUUACUCUUUAUCAUAGGAAGUGAGCUGACAUAUGUAAACUGAAUAUAAGAUCCUUGAAGGAGGAUAGAAGUUUAGGAAAUCUUAAUCUUCUUAGUAGUUUCCUUCCGAACAGAGAAUUAAUGAAAAGUUUUGAGGAUAUUCACCUGUUAUAACUUUUCUCUCAGUCGUGUCCGAAUCUUUGCAACCCCAUGGACUGUAGCCUACCAGGCUCCUCCCUCCAUGGGAUUCUCCAGGCAAGAGUACUGGAAUGGGUUGCCAUUUUCCUUCUCCAGGGGAUCUUCCUGACCCAGGGAUCAAACCCAGGUCUCCCGCAUUCCAGGCAGACGCUUUAACCUCUGAGCCACCAGGGAAGUCCCAUUUAUUGUAUAUCAUGCUACAAAUAGAAUGUCUGUAAAUUUAGUAGGUGGUUCAGUGGUAAAGAAUCUGCCUGCUAAUGCAGAAGUCGCAGGAGAUGCGGGUUUGAUUUCUGGGUUGGGUGGAUCCCUUGGAGGAGGAAAUAGAAACCCACUCCAGUAUUCUUGCCAGGAUAAUCUCAUAGACAGUAGUCUGUCCAAGGGAUCACCAAGAGUUGGACACGACUGAGCAUGCAUGGCCUAAGUAACAUUAGUAGCAUCAAGACACUAUUAUUUUCAUGAAAAAAAUAAUUCGUGUGUCUAGUUUUACCCAAUGUAGAAAUUAGAAAAAAUACAUUUAAUCUGAUCAGUGUGCAAGGGGUUUUGGACUCCAAAUUUUAGUGUCUAAUACCAUUUGAAACAGAACCUUGAUCUUGCUAUCAAGGGAUAGAUAUCUGAUAUUCACAUGCCUAAUACCUUUCAACAGACUGAUAACUGAAUAAUUUUGAUUCUCAUUUAUGAUUAUUCCUGCAAUGCAUGAAAUUUGUCUGAAAUUUAAAAUAACUCCACCUAGUGUGAAAAAAAUCAGUACCUGAAAAGUAAAGAUAUGUUUUUGUAAAGGUCAGUAACAUUUUGUUUUAGAAAUCAGUGUGAUUAGAGAAAUAAGAGAAGCAAAAUGUCCCAAGUGGACACAAUCAAAAGGCAAAUCAAACAGUGUUACCUAUCAUUAUCUGCUGGUAUCAUUAGAUAAGUCUUAUGUAUUAUCUUUAUGUAGAUUUUGUUUGUUCUUAAUGUAUGGAUGGAUUACAUGUUUGUCAUUCAG